GCUCAGCUCCUCUCACAAUUUACAAAGAAAGCAUUAAUGGCAAUGGCCUGUUCAUCGAGCACCCAGAUGGCAUCCAUGGUAGCCCUUCUGCUGGUAUGGUUGGCCACGGUGCAGGCAUCAGUCCACCGGACGACGGUGCGGACCACCGAGACGGUGACAUUCGAUCGACCGGAUGACAUGGUUGAAUACGGUAGAGAUCAGUGGUCUGGUUCGUCCGCAUGCCGAAUGGAGCAAAUGGAUUUGGAAGAGUGCAAGAGCUACGUGGAGCACGGAAGGCAAGGCAUUCCAUUGCUUGGGUUCAGGAACGGAGGGAGCAGCCAGCGGCCGCCCCGCCGUUGCUGCCAGCAGCUCAGCGAGACGAGGCAGGAGUGCAGGUGCCAAGCCAUCAGGCAGUUGGUAUCAGGAAGCAGCCAGAGAAGAGCUGAAGAUAUGGAGGAAAGGGAUGACGAAAGGAUGAAGAAGAGAGCUGAGAACCUCCCCAGAACUUGUGGCCUUAGCCAUCACCAUUGUUCCAUUCCUCAAGUUGGUACUCGCUCAAGCGUAUGAGGGGACGCAGCUUUGGUAGAGCGUGGUAAUAAGAGGUACGUGCAUGGGGAUCACUCUUAGCUGGUUGCCCUCUUCGGAUUCAAAGGGUGGAGAGGAGGAGUACAGUUCUAGAACUUAAGCAGCGUAUAUCUCAUUUUGAUUUCUCUUUUAGAAAUUUUCUGGGUAUAAUAAGGACUCGCCAACAAUAGCUACGUCUGGGCUUUGUUCUUUUCAGUUGAAAUAAAAAUUUCAAAUAAGGAUAA